AUUUUUAAGAGGCCAUUCCAUCGAACGGGCAAGAGGGCUUAUACAAUGUCGUCGGAAUUUAGCUACCUCUCAAAACCAAGAGAAAAGCCCUACAGAUACCGUACAAUAACAGAACUUAUAGAGAGGAAUACAAGAAGAUUUCCCGACCAUGAAAUAUUAAUUCAUCGAGGCAUUGACGGAUCCCGAGAAGCACUGACGUAUAAAGAUCUAAACGAAGAAGCCUCCAAGUUAGCUAAGUUUCUCGUUAAGAAAGGGAUUAAGAAGGGAGAUAAGAUUGCUUUGUUUGGUCCGAAUACCUUGGAAUGGGUUAUCGGAGAGCUAGCUAUCAUUUUGGCGGGAGGUGUUGCUGUGCACGUGACAUUUAGCGUCACUGACGCCAGGGAUCUCUGGGAUAUCUUUCGAGAGGCUGACUGCAAAGCUUUCCUGAUUGAUCCAGGCAAAGGAGAAGCGUAUCUUGAUUCCAUAUUUCAGCUUUUAGCGCUCUUUCGCCGCCGACGACCAUCAAGGGACUAUAAAGAUGUUGAUUCUAAUGAUUCGACAAUUUUGUUUCUCAGAAAAGUUGACGGAAUUAAAAGUUACCGUGAUCUGCCCGAAAUUCUGAAAAUGGAGGACUCUGAUAUUAAACUUCCAACACUUUACCCUGAAGACGAAAUCUUAAUUUUUACAACAUCCGGAAGUACUGGUAAACCAAAAAUGGUCUCGCACUCUCAUUUUGACAUCGGCAACAUUGAAUUAUUUGAGGUAAAUCCAACAGAAGCCUCGAUUCAAGAAAAAACUUACAACGACAGACCAUUUGGCUGGGUUGGUGGAUCGCCUGUUACACAAAUCAGCAACGGUCUGACUAGGGUCUUCACUGAUUCUUCAGUUGCUAUCAGAGGCUCUGACGUCAUGGCAGUUUGGAACAUAAUUAAAGAAGAAAAAUGUUCGAAAGCCUUGUUAAUGCCAUAUUUCCUAGGCGACUUAAUUAGCAUGAAAGAUUAUUACGAAGACGACUUUAAGACGGAUAUAAUCAUGUCUGGAGGUCAAAUAAUCGAUGAUUAUUACACGCAAGUUGUUAAUAUAUUUACUAAACAAUUUGUGGUUGUAUAUGGAUCUACUGAAGCAGGGUUUGUAACCAUGGGAUCACCUUUAAAUGAAGGUGACACACUAGAAAUUGGAGAUGUUGGUAGUCCUUGUGGAGGAGUAGAACUCAAGGUCAUUGAUGAAAAUGGGAGUGUUGUUCCACGAGGAAUGCCUGGAGAGCUAUGUAUUAGAAGCCGAAUGGUUUUUAGAGGAUAUUUCAAGAAUGAAGAAGUAAACAAAACAUCUUUCCUCGGAAACAGAUGGUUUCGCUCUGGUGACACAGCCAUCGUUACCGAGGAUGACAGAGUUAUCAUUCAGGGGCGGAUCAAAGAUAUUAUCUCUCGUGGUACUAGGAAAAUCAUGCCGGAUGCAGUGGAGGAUACAGUCAUCCAAAUGGGUGGCCUUCUCCACGUUGCAGUUGUUCCUGUCCCUGAUAAGCGCCUGUAUGAGGAGGUUUGUCUGUGUUUUGUUCCAGAAAAGGAAUCUGGCGUCACAGUGACUGACGUCAAGCGUUUCUGCGACGAGAAUUUCGAGGUCAGACAAUCUGCUGAUGGACUUGGCGAAAAACCUACAUAUUUCUUACAAUUUGACUCUUUUCCCAUGCUCGACACUGGUAAACCAAACAAACGCAUGAUAAAACUAGAGGCAGAAAACCGUAUCAAAACCGGGUAGCCCUUAGAUUUA